AAAAAGCUGCAAAAGUUAAAGCGUAUUGAAAAAUAACGAAAAGUUUAUUCUUCACAUCAGAUAUUUGCUUAUCGAAACUAUUAAAAAUGGGAAAAGGCUUCAAUAAUUACAUGUGCAAAAAAUUCUUCCAUCCUGCCUCCAGGGAUAACCUGAAACGGGUAUGGAUGGCAGAACAACAGGCGGAAGCCUACAAAAAAAAGCAAGAGGAACUCCGGAAUCAAUACGAAAAGGAGCAGGAGCUUCACGACAACAAGGCUAUGCUGAGCAAGGAAAGCAAGGAUAAGCUAAGUGUCAACUUCAUGUACGAGCUCCCUCCGGGCAUGAAGAAGGAGCGGGAAAAGGAAACAACCGACGAAGCUGAGUACAAGUUUGAAUGGCAACGGAAGUACAACGCUCCGAGAGAGAGCUAUUGCAAGGGAGACACGGAGAUUCGUGAUCAACCUUUUGGCAUACAGGUCCGUAACGUUCGCUGUAUCAAGUGUCACAAAUGGGGGCAUAUCAACACAGACAAGGAAUGCACCAUGUACAGUCUUUCUAUGAGUGAAGCCAAAAAGAUUCAUUCAGAGGCAGAAGCCAACCAGAUACUUUCGAAGAACGAUUUAGAACAGGGUCUCCGUGAAGAUGGACUUGCUAUGAAGAGAAGUGCUAAGGAACUUGCUACAUCUCACAAAUUAGUAGACGAACCAGGCAUGGACAAAGUGCAGACUGAGACGGAUUUCAUUAAAUCGCUCUCCACGAAGCAGAAGAAAAAGCUGCUGAAAAAGUUGGAAAAAAUUGAAAAGCGCCAUAAACAAGAAAAGAAACACAAGAAAAAGAGAAGUUCCAGUUCCUCAAGCUGUUCGUCAGACGAUUCCGAUGACGAAAGAGAGAAGCGGUUGUCGAAGAAAAAGGUCAAAAAAUUUCACCGUAAACAUGAAUCAGAUUCGGAGGAUGAUAACCGAAAGAGAAGCAAUAAGGAACGAUUCCACAAGCGAUCACGUUCACCACAUUACGGAGAAAGCAGCAACGGAAGAAGGGACCGUGAUCGUUCACGCUCCAGGAGUCCACGACGCGACCGCAAAAGACGUUGAAUUCCAUCCUUAAAAUGUCAUUAA